CGUAGUCGGCGGCGGCGGCGGCGGCGGCUGCCUGUGGCCCGGGCGGCUGGGAGAAGCCGAGUGUCGGGGAGUGACGCGGCGGAGGUGUAGUUUGACGCGGUGUGUUACGUGGGGGAGAGAAUAAAACUCCAGCGAGAUCCGGGCCGCGAACGAAAGCAGUGACGGAGGAGCCUGGGCCACCGGUAACUAAAUGACCAUGGAAUCUGGUGCAGAGAAUCAGCAGAGUGGAGAUACAGCUGUUUCGGAGGCAGAAACUCAACAGAUGACGGUACAGACACAACCACAGAUUGCAACAUUAGCCCAGGUGUCUAUGCCAGCAGCUCAUGCAACAUCAUCUGCACCUACGGUGACCUUAGUGCAGCUGCCUAAUGGGCAGACAGUACAAGUUCAUGGAGUUAUUCAGGCAGCUCAGCCAUCAGUCAUUCAGUCUCCACAGGUUCAGACAGUUCAGAUCUCCACUAUUGCAGAGAGUGAAGAUUCACAGGAGUCAGUGGACAGUGUCACUGAUUCUCAAAAACGCAGAGAGAUUCUUUCAAGGCGACCUUCUUACAGGAAAAUUUUGAAUGACUUGUCCUCAGAUGCCCCAGGAGUUCCCAGGAUUGAGGAGGAGAAGUCUGAAGAGGAGACAUCAGCACCUGCCAUUACCACUGUGACGGUGCCAACUCCAAUUUACCAAACCAGCAGUGGGCAAUAUAUUGCCAUAACCCAGGGGGGAGCAAUACAGCUGGCUAACAAUGGCACGGAUGGGGUUCAGGGCCUUCAGACGUUAACUAUGACCAACGCUGCUGCCACUCAGCCUGGCACCACCAUCCUGCAGUAUGCCCAGACCACUGAUGGACAGCAGAUCCUGGUACCCAGCAAUCAAGUGGUUGUACAAGCUGCCUCAGGAGAUGUCCAGACCUACCAGAUUCGCACAGCUCCAACCAGUACCAUUGCACCUGGGGUAGUUAUGGCGUCUUCUCCAGCACUUCCUACCCAGCCUGCAGAAGAGGCAGCACGAAAGAGAGAAGUGCGCCUAAUGAAGAACAGGGAGGCAGCACGCGAAUGUCGAAGGAAGAAGAAGGAAUAUGUGAAAUGUCUAGAGAACCGAGUGGCUGUGCUUGAAAAUCAAAACAAGACACUGAUUGAGGAACUGAAAGCACUUAAGGACCUUUACCGCCACAAAUCAGAUUAAUUUUGGAUUUCAGUUUUCAUCUCCCAACGUGAGAAUAAAGACUGGUUUGGCCCCAACCAGAAAGACAAAAGAAACUUUUUAUUUUCUAAACAUUUCUCUUUUUUUUCUAUGCGCAAAACUGCCUGAAAGCAACUACAGAAUUUCGUUCAUUUGUGCUUUGCAUUAAACUGUGAAUAUUCAAACAUCUGCCUCCACUUUUCCCCCUCAAGAACUUAUUUUCUUCAUCCUGAUCUUGAAGAAGAAAAGACAAGACUUCUAUAUGCCCACCCUCUUCAGGAACUAAUACUUUUAUACAAUUGUGAAGAUACUUUGGGGAGGAGAGUAAGAAUUAUUUUGUGACAAUUUCAAGGGUUUGUGCUGAGCUUCUUGGUUGUUUCUGGCCUGAAGUACCGUGUGGGCCUCAUACAAUUUAGAGGUUUUGACUGCCAAAUUGAUACAUAGUUUCACAUAUUCAUUGGAAACACUGCAGUGUGUUGCUAAAUGGCAUUCCCCAAAAAAGGAGACAUGGAUUUGGAGUUGGGUGAACAGAGGUUUUAGAAAAACAGAAAGGGUUUCCUGCAUAAUCAUGUUAAUUCUCCACAUUCUGCAAUAUUAAGACCUUUUUUUCCCAAAGCUCCAAAGGCAUUUGCUUCAUCACCAUCACCGAUGUAUUUUGUUGUUUCUGUUCAAGGUUUGGGAUGCAUUAAAAGAAGUCAUUAAAUGAGAUAGCUUGAUAAUAAUUGAAAAUGAAAUCAAAGGUACAGUAGCAAAGAGCAUUUUUUAAAAAUUUUAGACAUCAGUAAUGCAUUUGAGGUUUUAAGCAGAGAAAACUGUUAAGGACAGCCUGUUCCUUUCAACACAUUCACUCAUGAAAAUGGGAUUGUUUUUACCAUCCAUCCUUCAUACGGUCUCUGUGUUUACUGUUUCAAAUGUUUUAAACUGUAACCUCCCUGUUUUUUUUCCUAUUGUACCAAUGCCUCCAGCACCAAAAAAGUCCCUUAUAAAGUUUAACAGAAACCCAAGCAGAAACUUGUGAGUGAAAAACACUUUUUCAGUUAAGUUGGCAAAAUCUGUGCUUUGUUUAUAUUGAUUAUGAACUUCUGUGGUAAUAUGUUUACAGCAGCAUCAGGUCAUAUGUUUCUUUUUCCAAGAAAUCUCAUGUCUCUGUUACUAUACUAUAAAAGUAUCAGUCUGACUACUGUCAGUAUUAUUUUAUUAAGUGUGUGUUUCUUCAGAAAUAUUUGACUGGAAGUGUUUGUAUUCCCUGUACUCAUCCCCAAAAAUCAACUCUGAAUUUGUGUUUUGCGGUAAUAACAUGAAUGGUUUCUGCUGGGGAAAGAAGCUACAUGUCGUAGCUGCAGAAUGUCAUUUGUGGGUGUGUGUGCCAUCACACCCUGUAAAUAGCCAAGACUAGUUUUAUGGAGCAACUUAUGUUUCACUGACUACUCAAUCUGCCUAAUUACCCCCCCCCCCAAAAAAAGGGGUCCCAUUCAAUGAGGUACAUGUAAGAGGAAAAAUGAUAAGCAGUUUUGGACAUUUGUUACAGUAUUACAAAUUGCGAUUUUUCUUCCUGAAGAAGGAUAUUCAGAGGAGUUUAAGAAAAAAGAAGGGUAAAGAUUUAAGCAUUAACGUUUUAUCCCAAAUCAUAGUGAUUUGAGGUUGGUGUUAGUCCCAUGUUAAACAAGAAUAAUUGUUGAGUGGGUUGGUUUUGGAAAAGAAGAUUUUAUGUUACCUAUUUGUAAUUACAGUUGAAAUUUACCAUUAUUUUAAGAACAAACAAAAAUAAUCCUUAAUUUCCAAAGGGAAUUCAUUUUAAGAAUUCAGUGACACAGGAAGUUCUGAAAGUUUCCCCUUAAAGUAGGUAUUUCAAAUGCUCAACUUAAAAAAAAUACAUAAACAUAAUAAUAAUAAUCACUUCAGCAUUGGUUCCAGAAGAAUCAUAAAGCAAUCCUAGGCCAAUUUUCCUAUUAUAAUUAUUUCUUAUAGGGCUGAAAGAUUCUAUAAUUGUGCUGUGUUGAGCAAAUUACUUCCCCCUUGUAAACGCAUCUUUUUUUUUCAAAAGAUUAUGUGGUGAGUUGUUAGUCUACCUAGUCCCUGGUAAGUAAUGGCCAUUACUUGAACCAAUUGAACAGAAAGGUUGGAGAAUACCGAAACCUGUUCUGUUGUUGACCCUGAGUUGAAAUUAUGGAUACAUUGAAAACUGCAGUUUCCUCUAUGGGCACCUGGCACCUUUGGGAAGAGUUAAUUGUACUGAAAAAAAUUUGAAAGAUAUUUGUUUUAUGCAUGUUUUGAGAAUUGGGAAUUCUUGAAAUCUUCUUUGGAAAACAGCUUAAUAAAAUAAUCAAAUCCAUCAAGUGAGUUUUAGCCAAGAGCGGUCCCAGCUAUGUGUUACUAGUAAUAAUGCACCCUACUUUCUUCACAUUGGCCCACAGAGGGAAGCCAAAGUCUCUAGAGGGUACUGUGUAGAAAACAGCAAAGGUUGGGUUAACUGAUUUUGCAGAUCAAGUCCUUGUGGAGGUUAAUUUAUAGGACAGAUACAUUCAGAUAAAAACUAAGUGAGGGUUAGUUUUAUUUUUGAUAUCUCACAGUUCUGAAUAUUCAAGCUUUGAUAGCAUGGUUUAACUGAAAGGUAGGCUAGAAAGGGCUAGAUCCAUUAUGUUCACUAUAUAAAAAAAGUAAAAUAUAAUUUUAAUGUCAUUGUUUUACAAAAUUAAAGCACUAGAUUGGCAGUUUAGAUAUUGCCACAGGUGCUCUGCUAAUUUAGAUAUUCUUGGAAGAACACAUGUAUUAUAUAUGUACAUAUAUAUACACAGUAUAUAAUCUGAAGCUCUGAGAGCUCUUAAAUCAGGAAUGCUGAGUAUUAUAGUAUAUUACGGUCAGAUGAAUCUUUAUGCUUUGUGUGCUUGCAUUUCUUUUAGAACAGUAGUUCAUUUGAGGCUGCAUUAUUCUGGCACUCAUAAUUCAUUAUUUUUCUUAAUUAUCUUGUUCCCAGUUUAUUUUCUGAUAUUUUACUCUGUUUUCUUAGAUUGAUAUUUUAAAAGUUAUUAGCCAUGCUUGAAAAAUUUUCCCAGAAAAAGUUUUUUUUUUUUUGGCUUUAUUUUUGGCAGCUAUACAGUAGUAACAAAACAUUUAGAAAAAGGAACCACUGAUUUACAGGGGUGGGUGACAUCAUCUUGAAAGAGGUAAUUUGGUAUGUAAUUUGAGCAAGGAUUUUAUCGAAAUUGGUGUUUCACAGAAGGUCAACAGCACUGCUUGGUUCUGUAAGCACAGUAUCAAUCAUGCGAGGCUAUCCUGUCUGUAAUUUAUUUCUGUGCCUUGGGCCUUAUUCCUUCUAGUAUUUUGACCAGUAAAGAUGGUUAUUUGGAAUCAAACAAAAGCUUUUAAAAGGAAACAACACUAUUUGAUUGUACAAAAUUACUUGCGCUGAUUUUAAUGUUUCUAAUCCAAAUUUGGAUUCUAGCCUUUUAAUCAGUGUUAUAGAAGCUGCAGCCAGUCAUAGAUUCAAAUUGGUCCCUGUUUAUUUAGAAAAUGUGAAAGGUCUUUCAAAGAAAGAUUAGCAUCUAAAAAUUUGAAUUAGGGUCAGAAUGCAGGAACAUUAGAAACAUAGUUUUUCAGUAAGUUUUAGGGGUUGGUUCUGUUACUAUUUUACCCCUGAAAUGGCAGAAUAUAUUCCAUUGAUCUAACUCAAAAGUUGUAUAUUUAUUUGGGUUCUUUUUGCAGUAUACUCUUUGUAAAUGUUUGGUAAAAAUUGCACUUUUAUAAAUAUCCAGUUAGUAGAAAAUUGGGUAUUGGUGACUUGAGAAACUCCCUCAUGUGGUAAUUGUGAGCUGACUGUCUAUCGCUCCUCUCUAAAAAUCAUGUAGCUUUUUUUAUGAAAAUUUUUUGUUGGUUGAGCUCUCUUUGCACCUGAAAUGUUCAACUUGAAUUAAGGUGUUCUACUUGACUAGAAGGAGAUCCAGGAUUGGCAGGGCCAAUAGAUAAGUCUGUGUCUGACCUAAUGUUAUCACUUAGCAAUUUGUUAAACACACUAAGGACUAAGUUAUGAUUUUGACCAGAGAAGGAAUAAAUCAUUCCCAAAGUUAAAAUUAAGUUGGAAGGGGAUGUGGAAUGAUUUUUUCAGUCACUUUCGUCCCCUUCCCAUAUUAUACAACCUGGUUGGAGGUUUUAGAAACCCCAACUCAAAUAGGGGAUACUGGAGGAAGAUUUCAUUUAUGUUUAGUAGAUCUAGAUCUAAAGGCAAGAGUGCAUUGGUAUAAUUUCUUCAUUCCAUUGUGGAAAAAAAAAAGCACAAUUGAAAUGUUUGAUGGGCGGCAAUGAAGGGGAAAUGAUCAUUUAAGAAAUAAUCUGAGUGCUUUAAUGUCGACAUGAAAAAUUGACUAUAAGCUCACUUUAUAUACUGUCACUAGGGACUGGUUUCCUUGACUUUCUUGAGUCCUUGGCUUCGAGAGAUGCAUUUCACCUCUCCAAAAUCAGUAUCAUAAAACUCAGCCAGUUUGGCAGGAUUUUAAAAUACAUUAUAAAUAGGGUGGUGAAGUUCCAUCUGUCUCCUCUGCUUAUGAUAAGUUCUUAUUGAUUUGGAGAAUGUAGUUUAAACCUUUGUAUGAGUCUAUAGAAGCAGUCAAAUGUAAGAGGGACCAGAUUCAGUUUGGAAAGAGGGAUUGUAUUUCAGGUGUUUUAACUUGAAAUUUAUUUUUUAAAAAAGGAAAAAUUUAAAAAAAUGAAGCUUUUGAAGCAAGUUGAUUUUAUAAAGCGACAGAGUAAAAAUAUUGGUUCUGUGAGUGCAGGUCUUAUCUGGAGAUUGGCCUGGUGGGUCAUGGUAAUUUUAGAUCUCAUUCUCACCAGCAAAUAAAAUGAAAAAAAUCAGCUAGCCUUUGGAGAUGCAUUUAGAAGAGCAGGUUGAGUCAAUAUUGGAUUACUUUAUUGGAGCAAAUCUUAUGCAGGACUUGCCCACUCGGGCAGGGAAUUUCUAAAGCAAGAAUUUCAGUCUCAACUGCAAGACUCCUCUGAGAAGCCAGGGUUCAUCUAAGAUAUGGGUUGAAGGAGGAGCAGCAGGGCUGGGAGGGAGAAAUCCCUAGAGUGAAAAAGGUUUUGUGCCAGCUGGCCAUGGGACAGUGUCUAUUACUGUGUUUUGGAAUUUUUUUUUCUGUAAAAGUUGUAUUUUAUCCAGGUGCCACUCCAUUUUGUGUGUUUAAUAAAAUUAUUUAUAUUUUUUAAAAUGGGAGAAUAAUGAUUGAAAACUACAGAAUUGUCUGGCAUUUAACAUUCUCUUGAUGGAAUGGAUUAGUGAAGAGAGGAGUGCUAAGGUAGCUUCCAAUAUAAAAGAAUCCCCAACUGAUAUAUGGCAUAUUGAUUGUUACAAAAAACGAUAAUGUCUAGAUGCAAUUUAUAAUUUGAAAUGUAUUAACAAAAAAUGAGACCCAGGAAAGUAUAAAGAAAGAUUUUGUUAUUUAAGAGAUUUGGGGUGAAGCAUUGUUGACUACCCAAAACUCUCAGCACCAAACAGGGUAUUGAUCUUAACUCCAGUCUUUCUGUUGGAGUCUAUUACUAAACAAAUAUCAUAUGGAAACAAAUCUCUAAAAUUCCCUACAAUCUAGAAAUAUCCCUGUUUUGAUUUGUUUUCUCUUGGGGUUUUUUUGUUGUUGUUGUUGGGUGUUUUUUUUUACUUAACCUUUUGUGCAUCAUCCAUGUAAAAUAAUGUACUGAGUUAUAGUGCAUUUUAUUAACACUAUGUACAUAUUAGCUGCUUUGUGUUUCAGAAUGAUAGUAAUUGCUUUGUAUAUUAAAGUGAUCCUUGUGAAUUUGUGAAUUAUUGUCAUAAAGAAGUGUUUUUUCUUACUGUAACCUUUGUGGUAUAAACUGUUAUAACUCCGUUUUUACACCAACAUUUAUGAGCAGUCACAUAAACAUGCUUUUAAAAAUCUCUAAAACGUCUCUUUUUGGGGGGAAAGUAUUUCUGAUCAACAGCUGCAUAGAAGCUGGAUUUUUUUUCCAAAUGAUUUUUAUUUUUAUUCUCAAAUGAGCAGUUGUACAAAAAAGAUAGAGAAUGUAGCAUGUCAAGUACUCUGAUAAAAUAAAUCUUGUGAAAUAAAA